CCAGCAUGAACCAGGAAAUUCGACUCCGUUUAAAGCACUUGCUGGCAUUCUUGGCCAUCGUGUUGUUCCUGUUUUUCUACUCGCUUAGCUCCCGGGGUUGUAGCGGGGAGCAGGAAGAGCAGGCGGUGGUUGCCGAGCAGAACGGCCGUGAUGCCUUCCUGCCGAACCCCAAAACGGGACCAACGAUCUACGCGGUCACUCCAACGUACGCCCGUCCGGUGCAGAAAGCCGAACUGACCCGGCUCUCUCACGUGAUACGGCUCGUACCGUCCGUCUUCUGGGUAAUCGUCGAAGAUGCCGAAAAGACAUCGACACUGGUGACGAAUGUUUUGAAGCGUAGCGGACUCGAGAACCGUAGCGUUCAGCUGUCGGCCAAAACUCCGACAAAUUUCAAGCUGCAGGGUAAAGAUCCCAACUGGCUAAAGCCACGCGGUGUCGAGCAACGGAACACCGCCCUCAAGUGGAUCCGGCAGCACCUGAAACGGUCGCGAGAUGCAGGCGAGACGGAAUCGCCGGGCCACUCGCUCGUGUACUUUAUGGACGAUGACAACACAUAUAGCACGGAGCUGUUCGACGAGAUCGCCAAGAUCGAACCUGGCAAGGUUGGUGUAUGGCCGGUUGGACUGGUCGGUGGGCUGAUGGUGGAAAAACCUGUCCUCAACCGGGAUGGGCUGGUGCUUGGGUUCAACAGUGCCUGGAAACCGGAACGUCCCUUCCCGCUCGAUAUGGCCGGUUUUGCGAUUAGCUCCGAUCUGCUGCUCAGCACGCCCGAGGCACAGUUUAGCUACGAGGUCGAGCGGGGCUACCAGGAGAGUGAAAUACUGCGCCACCUUACGAUCGUGCACGAUAUGCAACCGUUGGCGAGCGGCUGCAAGGAAGUGUUGGUAUGGCACACGCGAACCGAAACUCCGAAACUUGACGCCGAAAAGGCACUUCAAAAGACGAACAAAAAAUCGAACGAUGGUAUGGAGGUGUAGUAGAGUAGAGGCAGGACCACUGCGCCUCCCUCCCCCGAUUCAAUACCUUUUCCUGGUGAUGGUAGCGUUUAAGGAUUAAAUCUAGCAGAGAAAGCAAUCGCAAUUCUAUUUAUUCUCGAUCCGCGCGUCCACUGUACAGAGAAGCAAUCGUAACUAGAUCGUAGGUAAAACGACGACAGCAGGCAAUCUUCAUCAUCAUAACGUGCCCGCCUGUCGAGACCAAUUCUUUUUAGGCCGUCUAAAUCUAAGCAAGCCGUGAAACACUUUGGCCUCCUUGUGUACUUGAUGCAGCUACUGCCUAGAGCGAAGUGAUUGUUUAUAUUGCUGUUCCUAAACGUUCCAACAUAUCUCGACCUGGUGCCCUGGAACUUAGAUACGUUCUCAAACGGUUACUUUACAUUACAAAACGAUGGCAACUAUACUCACCUGUGGCAACUGCAGGAUUAUUUUAACUAAAAGCUGAUAAGAUAUUUAAUAAAAUAAUUUAUAUUUUCAUAAAAAAAAACUUAUUCCUAUGCUCCGGUACUUUAAAGGCCGCGACUCACUGAUAUUCAUAGUUUAACGUACUUUCUCCAGCCCUGUAGUAUAGCAUUUGGCUUUGCCUCGCUG